CUACCUUUGCUAGCUGCUAUAGGCAGUAGCAAGCACCACCCACUGCUGCGGUUGUGGACACACUGGUCUCCACCCAUCUCUCCCACCACCCGCACCAAAAGACAGCGCAGUGCGGAUCGAUUUAGUCGAUUUAUAGCCACACCAUGGCGAGGAAGUGCUCCCACUGUGGCAACUACGGCCACAACUCAAGAACUUGCAGCAGCGCAGCUGGAAACCAGGGAGAAGUUAUGCUCUGCGAAGGAGGCGGCGGCAGCAGCGGCGGCAGUGGGCUGAGGCUCUUCGGGGUGCAGGUCCAUGUCGCUGCGGGCCGCAGCACCGGCGCCGGCGCCUCCAUGAGGAAGAGCUACAGCAUGGACUGCCUGCAGCUCGCGGUGGCCCCUAGCUCCAUCGUCUCGCCUUCGUCGUCGUCUUCCUCGUCGGUGCUUCUGUCCAUCGAUGAGGGCUUGGAGAGGGCUUCCAAUGGGUACCUAUCUGACGGUCCUCAUGGCAGAUUAGUCCAGGAGAGGAAGAAAGGAGUUCCAUGGAGCGAGGAGGAGCACCGGCUAUUCCUCGUGGGCCUCGAGAAGCUCGGAAAGGGCGACUGGCGAGGCAUCUCCCGGAGCUACGUCACGACUCGAACCCCGACGCAGGUUGCCAGCCACGCGCAGAAGUUCUUCCUGAGGCAGAGCAGCAUGGGGAAGAAGAAGCGCCGCUCCAGCCUCUUUGACAUGGUACCGAUCUGCGAGAACGGCAUUCGCGUUUCUGAGCCGCUGACCAACAACAGCGGAGAUGCCUCCACCUCUCUGCCGCGGUAUAAAUCCCCCGACAUGGCGUCCAUUGAUCUCAACUCCACGCAGGAGGAUGACAUGGCGAUGGCGGGGGUUCCACUUUUGUCGGCGUCACCGAGGGCGCCAUUCCCGGCGGUUCUGAUGGAGCAGCCUCCUCAUGGCCACGGGCACGGUCACCACUGCUCCCCGCUGGAACUGGAGCUGGGCAUGUCUCUCUCACCACCGUCCAUCGGAACAUGACGUCAACAACGUCGCCGCCGGAGAGGAGACCCAGGACGCUCGACCCAGUUUUUAUUUUUUUUAUUUUAUCACUUAUCAGGCUGUGUCUGCUGCCUGAGCCUGACCUGUCCAACCAAUGCAAAUGGAGAUAAGGCUAUGGACAGCGCUUGUAAAGUUGCGUGCGGGUAGUGCUAAUUGUGGAUACGUUGUUCA